AUGGGAUUUGAACUGUCAGAACUUGGGGCAUUGGCAGAUCUUGAAGGAGGACUGAUUAUACGUGGUCUUGAACAUGUGGCAACUAAGGCGGAAGCUACUGCAGCCAAACUGAAGUUGAAAAAGAAUCUGGAGGAGUUGGAAUUACUCUGGGGCAGAGAUGGACCAACUACAAAUGCUGAUAUUCUUGAUGCUCUUCAACCACACUGUAAUCUUAGAGUACUUACAAUUGCAAAUCAUGGUGGUGCCGUUGGUCCUAGUUGGUUAUGUCUUGACAUCUGGUUAACAAGUUUAGAGAGACUCACUCUAGAAGGGGUAUGUUGGAGCACCCUCCCACCUUUUGCGAAGCUACCAAAUCUCAAGCGACUCAAAUUGAAGAAAAUUUCUGGAAUGCAUCAGUUUGGGCUUCGAUGUGGUGGCGCUCCAGGGAAAUGUUCUAUGCGCUUGAAGACAGUUGAGUUUUAUGAGAUGCCAGAACUUGCUGAAUGGGGCGUGGAACCUAACUGCCAUUCCUUUACAAGUAUUGAAGAAAUCAUAUGCAUCGAUUGUCCCAAUCUCUGUGUGAUGCCCUUGUCGGAGGUAUCUUGCACCAAUUUGCGCAGACUUGAAGUUUCUCGGUGCCCCAAGAUGUCUCUGCCCUCCGUGCCUCACACCUCAACACUGAAAAAUUUGGAUGUUAAAAGAGGUGAAAGAGGUUAUUCAGAAACAUUGUUGUCUUAUGAUGGAAAGAAAUUGGUUGUUAGAGGGUAUGGCGGUGCUUUGGCCUACCACAAUCUGGAUAAAGUAGAAGAUAUGGCUAUUGCAAAUGUAUCGGGCAUAUCAUUGACAGACAUCGAAAAGCUUAAAUCCCUAACAGAAUUAACUGUCGAAAGAUGCGAUGGCUUGUUCCCUGAAGAGCUGGAUGGCAGUAUUGUCUUCCGUUCAGUUAAGAGUCUCAUAUUAGAUGUAUCUCAUCUUACCAGUAGCAAAUCUUCAUCGUCAAAAGUGUUAAACUGUUUCCCAGCUCUUACUGUGUUGAAGAUAGAUGGCAAUAAGAAAUGUGUAAUGCAGCUCCCAUCAUCCAGCUCACUGCAGGACCUUACCUUCAAAUUUUGUACGGGCGUGGUUCUUGUGCCUGUGGAGAAUGGAGGAGGGAUUCAGGAGGACAAGUCAUUGCUCCAAUCAUUAAGUAUAUUGAGAUGUCGCGAAUUUUUCUGUCGGUGGCCCAUGGGAGAAUCAGAGAGCAUUUACCCGUUCCCUGCUUCCCUGGAGAAACUUUAUGUUUUGGACGAGCCAAGCAUGAAAUCAAUAGCUGUGCUCUCAAACCUCACAUCUCUCACCAGUCUAAGCCUACUAAAGUGCAAUAAUUUGACAGUGAACGGAUUCAAUCCUCUCAUCGUAGUCAACCUCAUACAACUGCAAGUGCAUGGGUGCAACACCUUAGCAGUAGAUAUGCUCUCAGAGGUGGCCUCUCAGAGGGCCAAAUUAUUGCCUGCGGGUUACAUCUCUGGAUUGAAGAAACUCACGGUGGAUGACAUCUGUGGAUUGCUUGUUGCUCCUAUCUGCAACCUCCUCGCCCCGGCCCUCCACACACUUGAAUUCUUGUGUGAUGAGAGGAUGGAAAGCUUCACGAAAGAGCAAGAGAAAGUGCUGCAGCUCCUCACCUUCCUCGAGAAACUAAUUUUUUUCCGGUGCUGGUGUCUGCAGUCCCUUCCUCAAGGGUUACAUCGCCUUUCUUCUCUCAAGGAGUUACGUGUCGUUGACUGUCCAAAGAUACGAUCGAUGCCCAACGAGGGCCUCCCAGUUUCUUUGACAAAACUAGUGAUGAAUCAUCGCAGCGCUGAGAUAGAGGAGCAAAUUGAGAAAAUCAAAAGAACCAACCCAGAUUUAUCCGUCUCGGAUGACUACUACACCCAAGGCAGGGGCAGAGUACUGAAACCAUUUUACCCAGCUACUCGCAGAAAAAAAAAGCUAUUGUACCCAGCUACAAUCUUGCACGCAGAUUGCAUGCAUACAGGUUUCAUUGGCAUUGAAUUUCACAGCUGA